UGGAGAAUGGGCCGGCUCAGGAAGCGCUACUAGGGCAGGGCUCGCUCGAUCUCGCUCGCUUGCAAUGGGGUUGCUUCCUGCAAUCACAGCUUUGAGCGACGAUUCAGAGCCGGAGCAGGCACCAAAGGCAAAGCCGCGGCCCAAACCGAGCAAAGUGAAGGCGGCAAUGAAACGGCCGUCUGCUUCUUCAGCUGCUGGUGAAGAUGGCGCAAACCCCGAGGCUGAGUCUAAGUCCGCAAUGAAACGGCCGUCUGCUUCUCCCGCAGAUGGCGCAAACCUUGAGCCAAUGUCUGAAGCUGAGGAGAGUGAUGCGCAGAAGGAGGAGCGCGUGGCAAAGAAGCCGGCGAUGAAAAGGCCAGCUGCUGCUGCCAGAGGAGAGAUUGCCGUAAGCAAUCCGUACUACUACAAGAACAACAACAGCUGGGGGCUCAAGAUGAGCAAUCGGGAAGUGCUGCGAGUUGGUGGAGUGCUUUACAACAAGGGCAAGACCCGCGAGAUUGCUGUUGCAGCCCAAAAGGAGCUGGCGGCUGGAAAAAAGGUGGCGUAUGUCAAGGAGAUGGUCGCGAUCAUGCAGCGGGAGCUGAUGAACCUCAAUGAGAACCCCAAGGAAGAAGAUGCAGCAAAGCAGGCGGAGGGCGAACUACCGGGUGAGGAAUCGCAAAGCAGCAAGAAGCAGAAAGUUGAGGAGGAGACACAGCUGGGCCAGACGCAGGCAGAGACGCAGGCAGAGACGCAGCAGGCAGAGGCAGUCGAGGGCCAGGACACAGACGCUGACGGACAGGAGGGAGGCGAAGAGGAGCCGUUUGAGGAUGACCCGGAGAACAUCGACUAGACUUAGACUUGCCCGCUUGCCCGCGCAGACAA